CUCGGUACGUCAUCGCGUCACUUCCUGCACACGCACUGGCAAAAAUGGCUCCGAGUGGACCCUUAUCGUUCGCAGCGGUUGUUCUGGCGGUGGUUUUGGGGCUGUGUGCGGACUUUGGAUGGUGUAAUAAUGGCAGAAGUGGGCCUGAGGGCAUGGAGUCGGAUCUCACCGGGUUCUCCUUGCCGCUGGAGCACUCUUUCGAAGUGGACGACAUGCCCAGGUAUCGGACACGUGGUACGAUCCAGCUGAAGCCCGGCAGAGAGAACAGUGUGGCUCUGUCUCAAAUAGAGCUCUCUGAGAAGGACAGGACUUUACUGAAGGAUGUGGCUGCAGUAGACGGUCUGUACAGGAUCCGAGUCCCCCGAGUGUCUCUGCAGUCAGACAGACAGUCAGAAGGCCACCUGAGCGCCUUCAUCAGAGCCUGUUCACUCGUUGAGUCGCACCUGAGUGAUGUCAUCACGCUGCACACCGAUGUCAGCGGCUCCCUCAUCGGGGUCUCCAUAGUGACGGUGCCCGGGGCAUGUCAGGGGGCAGAGGUCGAGGAAGACGUGGACCUGGAAACGUUCAACACCACCAUCAGUGUCAUGACACCAGUUAAUGCUCCAGCUCCUGAGACGGCUCUGUUUAUCGAAAGGAUGGAACAGGAACAGGACAAAAAAGGAAAACCCCAGGAGCAGAAAUCCUUCUUCGCCAAAUACUGGUAUCUGAUUUUGGGAGGUGCAGUGUUUCUCAUGGCCAGCAGUUCAGCGCAGCCCCCAGCAGGGGGAGCCGGGGAGCAGAGCUGAUUCACACGGCCAAUGGAUGUACAUCGUCCCCCUCGUCCUUUUCUUGAUGAUGUCUGGAGCACAAGAUCAGUCCGGAGGCGGGGCUAGCGGAGGUGCAGCCAGCGGUGGCGGGCGAUGAUCUCCAUGGCAACGGGGAAAGCUGUGGUGCUGCUAUUGGUUGAAUUAAACUGUACAGAAUAAAUUAAAUUAAUGAAAUGCAGAAUUUAGAUGCUAAUAAACUAAAUAUCACAUGGGAGGAGUUUAACAUGUUGGUGUGUUUGUUAUUUGUACUACUGAUCCGUUGAAUAAAUUUCUUUUAUUAUUA